GGGUGGGGAGGGAGGUGGGGACUGCCGCGCGGCCCGUGGCCUGCAGGGGGCGCGCCUCCCCGGCCAGGCCCCCAGGUUUUUUCCCCCCUUCUGAUUAUUUUUUUGCCAAAUCGCUACAAUUGCGCCUUGUAUGUUUCCUUCUUCCAAUGUAACCAGCCGCGGCGGCAGCAGCAGCAGCAGCAGCGCGUCCGCCCCGCCGGGCCUGCCCGCCUCCCUCCUCCUGUGCUGCCGCUUGCGCGCCCCGGGACGCCCCUUGCCCUGCCCUGGAGCCCGGAUCGCCCCCCUUUCCCACGCACGGACCCCCCAGCGAAGGGCCAUGGCUGAAUGGGCCCCUGCCCAGAUCCAGGAAUGGAAUGUGGAAGCGCAGCACCUGAUGCCUCUCCAGCCUCCCCUCGUCCCCGAGUUAAGCCACAUGAGGGAAGCUCAGCUGCACACGGCAGAAGCCUCCCUCUGGAGCGUCGUGGCCACGGUACAGGCCAUGGAGAGGAAGAUCGACUUGUUGGCCACUCGACUGUUGAGCCUGGAAGGCCGAUCUGGGACGGCAGAGAAGAAACUGCUGGACUGUGAGAAGACAGCCAUGGAGUUUGGGAACCAGCUGGAGAGCAAGUGGGCCGUGCUGGGGACCCUGAUCCAAGAGUAUGGCCUGCUCCAGAGGAGGCUGGAGAACAUGGAGAACCUGCUGAAGAAUCGGAACUUCUGGGUCUUAAGACUCCCGCCGGGUGCCAAGGGAGAAAUCCCCAAGAUGCCGGUGACUUUUGUUGACAUUGCUGUGUAUUUCUCUGCUGAAGAAUGGAAAAACUUAGCUGAGUGGCAGAAGGACCUGUACCAUAACCUUGUGAAGGAGAACUACGAGUCUUUGCUCUCCUUAGGAGCAGAUGUUAAUGUUUCAAAGCCAGAGGCACAUCCCAGGAUUGAACGGGGGGCAGAACCAUGCAUACCGGACCAACAGAGCUCCAAGGGGCGAGAGAUUUCCACAGAUCCUUGCACAGAAUCCUUGAUGUCUACACCCGACAUCUUGACCCGGAUCAAGCAAGAGGAACCUUUUGCUGGUGGAGGGCAAUUUCAGGAGGAAAGAGGGAUGCCCACAGACCCCUGUGGAGGUGCUGAAGCCCUCAUUUCCGCCCACGACUUUUUAUCAUGGAUUAAGCAGGAGGAGGAGCCGUGCGUCCGGGAGCAUUGGGAGUCAGCGGAGAGAGACAUUCUUACAGGCCCUGGCACAGCUGGCAACGGGAUGGUGGUCAAAGCAGAGGAGCAACGCCCGCGCCCGGAAGAACCAGCAAGGUCCGGGGAGCCUCUCUUCCAGGGGGAGACCCCUGUGGCGGCAGCGGCGGCGGCAGCAGCGGAAGCCUACGCUGGUCCGUGCGGACCUGUCGCACAAGCUCUGAGCCCGGCCAGGAGCAGACCGGAUGGUGCUGUGUCCCAACUGCCCAAUGCCGUGCCCUGGAUGGAGAGCCAAGAAGAGCUGCACAUGCUUCAGAGUCACGGAGUCCCCACGAAGGCUGAACUCCCUCCAGGACCCAGAACAGGCCAGUGGCAAAAGAAAGCAGGAGAUGUUGGGAUUGUUAUUAAGACGGAAGCCCAUGACCCCAGCGGAAGUCGCAGGGGACUGGGGCAGAUCUUGAGACCUUGCCUCAGAGAAUCCAAAGACCAACCCGGAGGAGAGAGUCUUCAGGGAAGCGCCCCAGAUGGUCUCUUGCGACCCUUAAGGUCGGUGGGGCUCAGACCUAUGCCUCGGCAAGAUGAAGGAUCCCUUGGGACCACCGUGCCUCAGAGCGGCAGCCAGCAAAAUCCUAGCCCAAUUGCUGAACCCCAACAAGAGAGGCUUCACUGUGAGCAGAGUAUGACCCUGAUGGUCCCUCGAGAGUCCCGUCUGCAUCCCUACAGUGACUUUCAGCGGUGGCAGGAUCUGGCCACCCACCAGAGCAGCCAUGGGGGAGUUAAGCAACACCAGUGCGCUCGCUGUGGCCAGUGUGCACUGCACAACUCCCAGCUCAACUACCACACCCACACUGGAGAGCAACCCUACAGAUGUGGCCGGUGCACGAGUUUUAGCUACCAGGAAGACCUGCAGAACAGCCAGCGUAUGCACAUGGGGGAAAGGCCCUAUUCCUGCAGAGAGGGUGGGGAAAGUACCAGCCACAAAGAGCAUCUGCAGUAUCACCAGCUAAUGCACACCAGUGAGAUGGCUUUUCCCAGGAAUGUGGGGAUUGUGAUAAAGGUGGAAGAGAAAGACCUUGGUGAACACCACAAGGACUUGGAACAAAUCUUGGGCCCUCGUUCAAGAGAUUCUGGGGAGCAGUCCAGGAUAAGGACUCAGCAGGAAAACAUGCUAGGCGAACCUUUGUCGUUUGGGGCACUGAUGCCUCUCCAUCGGUGUGACGGAGAAUCCCAUGGGGACAGCGUGUCUCAGAUAGGCCCUGAAGGCAGUGUGAACUCAGUGGUGGAGCCACAACUGGAGCCUCUCUGUGAAGGGAAGAGUGCCCCUCCAGAUCAGCCUGCUCACACCUGCAGUGACUGUGGAGAGGCGUUCCAAAGGUGGCAUGAUUUGGCAACCCACCGGAGCAGCCAUAGCAAGGUGAAGCAGCACCAGUGCGCUCACUGUGGCCAGCGCUUCCUGCACCGCUCCCGGCUCAACUACCACACUCGAAUCCACACCGGUGAGCGACCCUACAGCUGCGGUGUGUGUGGGAAGAGUUAUAGCCGCAAGGAACACCUGCAGAACCACCAGCGCCUGCACACGGGGGAGAAGCCCUAUCAGUGCGAAGAAUGUGGGAAAAACUACAGCCGCAGGGAGCAUCUCCAGUACCACCAACGGCUGCACACAGGCGAGAGGCCGUUCCAGUGCCAGGCCUGCGGCAAACGCUUCAUCCGCAAGCAGAACCUGCUGAAGCACCAGCGCGUCCACACGGGAGAAAGACACAAAGCGGGCAGAGCCCCUGUACGAAGCCCCACGUGGACCACAUGAGAAGUGCCCACCCAUGCAGAGAGGGCUUGCUUCCACUUGCCACGGAGCCUUUUUGCACAAAAUGGCUGCCAUACUUCUACUGAACCACAAAAUGGCCACCACUCUUCCACUGAGCCCCUGACUGAGGCAGCGAAAAUGGCUGCAGAACAUCUGAACAGGGCUGUCUAAAGUUGUUACAGGGAAUCCUUCCCUGGAUUACCAGGAAGGGAAUUAAAUCUGUGAUCUCAUCUGUUUUCAGCUUGUGGUAAUCUUACACAAACAAACACGCCCUCAGCAUCUGCAGGGGGAAUCUGCUGCCCCCCAAACUGACUGACUAGCAGCUGGACUAUUGACAUCUCACAGUGGUUAACGGUCAGGGCCCAAUAUAUACAGCUCAACUGAGGCAUGGACAGCACAAUAUGCAGAGGAUUUGCAGAGGUCAGGGUUCUCAGCCUUGAUUCCCCAGGUGUUGUUAGACUACAACUUCCAUCAGCCACAAUCGUGGAAGUCUAUUUGCUGAUGGAAGUCGCAGUCCAACAGCAACCCAAGGUUGAGACUACUGCUGUUUGAAAAUAGAAGCACAAGGCAGGAUUGUAUGUUUUGUUACAUGCUACACAGCAGCAGUGUUUCCUCUAAGGCGUGCGCAUGUGUGCGUGCUCACAAGUUUUUGGAUGUCCGCUCAGUUAAUUUUAGAUCCCGCUCAGGCUGAAUCAGGAAGGCCCCACUCUGAAUGCAGGUGUGCACACACUGCCUUGAUACUGCCACCCAGAACAAAACUAAUUCUGCACAUAGAUGGAAAAAAUUAGAACACUGUACUGCAGAGGAAUUAACUGCCUUUUUUCCUAGAGAGAUGUUGCUGAUUUGCACAUGUAUAUUUAAGUUAUGCAGAUUUAAAUGAGCUCAUUGCCUUAGACUGAGACUAACCAAGUCUCUUGUUCAACUUUGUGACAGUGGGGGAAUAAAAGAGAUCUAAUAUAACCCUGCCAUGGAAGUAUUAAGUUUGGCAUGAAGGUUCAAAGGUAUUGGAGCCUCAGUAUUCUGUUUACAACUCGUGGGAGUAUCAGCCCUGUGCUACCUCCCUGUGAAACUGCAAAUCUAAAUAUCGAAAAGACCGUGUGUGGUGUAUGUUUUCCAAAUUGCAACAAAGUAAUAAAUCUCCCAGAAAUUAUAAAUAGCCUGUUACUAAAUCUGGGUAUGGUAGUUGAUGGUCAGCAUCCCACCUCACCUUCCUCUGCACCCAGCGAUUUAAAAAAAAAGAAGUGUAACCAUACCAAUUUCUUCUCCUCUCUCCAGAGAUGAAAGGUUGUGUUUUUUUAAACCUUGGGUUCAAAAAUCCUAGGUUCCAUUUUAGUACCACAGUAGCGGAUGAGCUGCAUCACCCCGACCCCCAGGCAGUGAAAAUGUUCUUGCUUGAUCCUUGAGCAUCGGUCAUGGUUUCUUCUUCUCAACUCCCCAUUUUCUUCAUCUGUUUGUUCCUGGGCCACCUUGGGUGAAUCCAGAUGACCUUUUGUUAAUGGUGACUCACCAGGAUAUGCAUGGGACUACUUGGCAAACCAGUCAUCUGUAAGGUCCAAGCGCUUAGGAAAUCCUACCACACAUUUGCGCAAGAUCAGAAAUGCAGGGAAGUGGCAAAAUCAAUGCAGACAAUCACUUCAUCAAGAGGUUCCAUAAAUACCAUAUAUUGCCACCUGGAGCAUUUCCAAAUGGGGCUUUUAGCUCGCUUCUCCUCCGGAAUGGAGGGUGUGCAUUCACAUAUCAGCUAGAUUUACCCCGAAGUCCCUGUGAGCUAUUGGGGAGCACCUCACACACAAUUCGGGUUUUUCAUUGCGCAUUAGAGCAUAGCUCGAUUUAUGUCCAGGGUAAAAAAAUCCACUGUUUGAGUUCAUUUUUUAAGGUAACUUCAAACUCACAAUAAAGCCUCUCAGUAAAGUGCGGUAAAAUGUGCCGUCCAGAAAUGCUCUUGGUAAGCAGUCAUCUGUAUUCAUCCAAAAUAUGGGUGUAAUAACAAAUUCUGUAUUGCUUGUUUAUAUAAAACAUAUGCUGCAGUUCA